AUGUCGGAUGCGGAGCAGGUUUUGCGUAUUUAUCGCAAUAGUUUAGAUGGCUUAAAGGAAAAUGAUAAAAACAAAAUAAACAAAUUGACCUUGCUUGCAAAGGACCAUGUACAAAUUCCUGGAUUUCCGCAAAAAGUCGUCGAGGCCACUGUCCGUCAUGUAUAUGAGAUUGCUGCGGUUUACAAACUUCUGGGCUUAUACGUUAUUGAUUCAAUUGUCAAAAAUGUUGAUGUUCCAUACAGAAAAUUAUUUACCGACCCUAUUGUCCCACUUUUUGUUCAUUCAUUCCAAAUGAUUCGUGAAGAAGUUACUAGGAAACGUCUUUUUAAUCUGCGAACAACAUGGAAGGACAUCUUUCCAUACUCUAAAAUGCAUAGUUUAGAUUUGGCUGUUCAAGAACUGGACCCGGCUUGGCCUCUUAUUCCAAAGGAUGAUGCCCCUUCGGAGCAUCGCUUACCUUCAGUCCCAAAAUUACCUUCUGCAAAAGUUAAUAAUAAACAAAUUCCUACCAGCUCUACUAGUCAACCACUUAAUCCUGUUAUAUCUGAGUCUCGUGAUCCUAGGCUUUGUAAGAAACGAAAAUCUCCUGAAGGUGUUAGUACGGUUACAGGGGGUCAGUUCCUUAUAGAUCGUGAUGGUAAUCAAAAAAUGGAGCUUAUAGCUCGCAAGCUUGGUCGUUUCGAAGAGGAGGUGGAAAGACAGGAGUCUAAGAAGGCAAAAGCACUUUUCAGUGUUAAAGAUCAGGAUAUGCGCUCCGUCUCUCCGAGCGGUACUGUAUCGGCUACUGUUGCUCCUCGGGUGUCUGAUGCUGAUACGUCUAAGAGACUUGAUGUUGAUAUGCGAUUGGGAGGUCUACCUAAGCCUCCUACAACCAAUUCAUCUGUGUCCCCUAGGCCUCAGGGAUUUGACGCUCACUCAAGUCCUUCGAAUUCUAACGGCAUUGAUGUUACUAAUUGUUUACCUCCUUCUCCGUCCUUUGAUAAAACUCCUCGAAACGUCGCGCCGCCUUCACUCCCUUUUAAUCAGUCUUCUUUGCAUUCUCCAAUGCCGGGACCUCCCACUAUGCCCCCUCAUUUUCGGAUGCUGGGCCCACAAAUGCCACCCUAUCGAAUGAGUCCAGACCAUAUGGUACCUCCAGAAAUGCCACCCCAGAUGCUACACCACCCCAAUAUGUCUCCCAGUGGCUUCAAUCAUGCACCUCACCGGGGUCCCCAGAUCAGUGGACCCGAUUGGAGUGUUGAAAUUGAUGGCCUUAAUCACAUGAUUCAGAUCGGAAUUGAUCCACGAAUGCUCUUCCGCGCCUCGAACCCCAAACCUGAACGUCAAAUUACCAUAGAUGGUUUUCGGUAUCGUCUCCUAUUGGAUCGUAUCCAACCCUUAAUACAAUUUCGUGAAAAUUUUUAUGCCGUCAGAUUUCGGUGUGAAAGCAUGGCAUUUAUUAUUGAUCAUCAAAGAAUCGUAGUUCCUGGAACGGGGUUUACAAGAGUACGUCUUUUAGGGCGCGAUAGGUUGGUUUAUCUCGGUGGGCCUGGUCAUGAAUUGGUAAUAGAUGGACGGCCACACACUAUCCCUUUUAACACAAAGUACUCCACUAUUAAUAUUGAUCAGCAGACUGUUCCUGUUAUGUACGACUGUGAAUUUCCUAAUGGUCUAAACGUGCUUCCUCCUAUUCCUCGACAAAUUCUUGAUUGGGCGUAUCGAGGUCUAUUUGGUUCACCUAACAACCUCCACUUGGCCCCUAAAAAUCCCCUGUUUGAGCUAGAGAAACAAAUGGAAAAUCGUCCUACUGAUGUCAUGGGUCCUGCUAAUCGCCAGUACCAACAACAUCCACAAAGGAUGUCUAACCAGUUAAAGACUGAAGGCAUAAAACCUGAAAUUAAAACUGAACCGGUGCCUCCUCCUACCUCUACCACGCAUGGUGUACCUCCUUCAUCUCUUCCAGUUAGUGUAGAUGAUUUGCUGAGCAAACUUGUUGCUUCUGGAGUGUUCAAGAAACCAGAGGUUCUACCAGACAUUAAGGAUUACUCUUGGGAAAAAUUCCGCCGUGUCUAUAUGGCGGAGAUUGAUGCUCUCUAUUCUGGUUUCCAGUGUCUUCAGUGUGGUUUACGAUUUGCGAGUGAAGAUGAUCCAACCUUUGUCGCUCAUCUAGAUUACCAUUAUAUGAAAAACUCAACGGAAAAUCAAGGUAGGCGGAGCCGAAACUACUACCAACCCGCUAGUAACUGGCUCAGUUAUGGACUUAUGGAGGAUACUAGCGAUCCUGAUACAAAUGAAGUGAAAGAAUAUAAAUGUCCAGCCUUCGCAGAUGAAAAAUUAAACGAAUGCGCUGUUUGUGGAGACAAGUUCGAUAAGAUUUUCGAUCGACAGGAAGGGGAGUGGAUGCUCUUGGGCGCAAUAAUCGAAGACGGCAAGGCCUACCAUCCUAUCUGCCGAGAAGAUGCUGGAAAACAGUUUCCGGUUGCCGUGGACACAUUCACAUGCCAGGAAGUGGGAAUGGAAGAAAAUCAAAGCUCUUUAAAUGUAGAAGACGAAAAGGCAAUUCCUGGAUCUGUGAGUCCUGCACACCAGUUAUCUGUAUCAAUAAAAUCCGAGCCCGAUAUAAUAGAAACAAAAAAUGGAAUUGAAACAUUGAAUUUUUCAUCCCCUUCUGACAAUCUUGAUGUUAUUAAACCGCAAAAUCCCCACCUCCUCUCUGAGGUUGGCCUCGGGGUUUGUGAGAAGUCGGGUGAAGUUAUUAAGGAGGAACCUGCCAAAAUAUCGCCUGAAACACUUCCACCACCGUCGAGUUCACUUCCCUUUGGAGGAGAAACUGAAGUAGUAUCAAAUUUGAGUAUUGCUAGAAAUUCUCCCCUUGUUUCUAUACCCGGCUUAUCGCCGACUAAUAGUACUGAGGGGGGUGAAGAGAAUGCGGGGCUUGAAUCUAAUGUGUUAGAAGACGGUGGUAUUGGUGGUGGUGGGCAAAGCGCUGGCAGUAGUGACGCCUUGGUGACACCCGACACAAUCUCCUCAAAUCCCUUGGCAGCCUUAGAGGCAGUUUUAGGCCGCAAGAUUGUGUUGCCUUAG